AUAACAAAUCGACGGACAAGGCUUGCACGAAAGUAAAUAACGGGUGAAUUUGGUUGUUUUUACAGUUCACUGAGCAAGUUACAAUAUUAAUAUGUCGUUAAUACAAAUAUCCAGGUUAUAGACAUUUUCCUGUAUUUGCUAUUAUAUGGUUCAGUUCGAAAAUCUAUACAGCGUAUAAGGGAGCCGCUGUGAGGAGACCAAAUGCAGAAAUUUACUGAAACAUCUGAGAGUACAAACCUUUCGGAAGAAUAGGAUAACUGUAUAGCAUUACACCUAAGGAAAGCUUACAGCCUGUUAAGAUUAUAAAUUAUGGAUGAAGAACCAGAGAGAGCAAAACGCUGGGAAGGAGGAUACGAACGAACAUGGGAGGUGCUGAAGGAGGAUGAAUCUGGAUCUCUCAAAGCUACUGUGGAGGACAUUCUUUUCCAGGCGAAGAGGAAAAGAGUGUUUGAGAGUCAUGGACAAGUUCGGCUUGGGAUGAUGCGGCACCUCUUUGUGAUCAUUGACGCAUCUAGAUCAAUGGAAGAUCAGGACCUGAAGCCCAACAGGCUCACCUCGACCUUGAAGCUAAUGGAGUAUUUUGUGGAGGAGUACUUUGACCAGAAUCCAAUCAGUCAGAUAGGGAUCAUUACCACAAAGAACAAGAGGGCGGAGAAACUCACUGAUCUUGCAGGAAACCCUAAGAAGCAUAUAGCAGCUCUGAAGAAAGCAGUGGACUCCACGUGUGUUGGGGAACCAUCUCUCUACAACUCUCUCAACUUGGCUAUGCAGACUCUUAAACAUAUGCCUGCUCAUACAAGCAAGGAGAUCCUGGUUAUUUUCAGCAGUCUUACUACCUGUGAUCCAGCCAACAUCUAUGAGCUUAUCAAAACUCUGAAUGGUCUGAAGAUCAGAGUGUCUGUAAUCGGCCUGUCAGCAGAGGUUCGAGUGUGCACCAUUCUCACAAGAGAAACUGGAGGAUCCUACAAUGUGAUAUUGGAUGAGAGUCAUUUUAAAGAGCUGCUGAUGCUGCAUGUGAAGCCGCCUCCUGCCAGCUCCUCCUCAGAGUGCUCCCUCAUUCGCAUGGGUUUCCCUCAGCAUGUCAUAGCCUCCAUGUCUGAUCAGGAUGCCAAACCCUCAUUCAGCAUGUCGCACUUAGACAGUGCUGGUGAGCCAGGACUCACUCUUGGCGGCUACUACUGCCCACAGUGCAGAGCCAAAUACACUGAGCUGCCAGUGGAGUGUAAAGUGUGUGGUUUAACUUUAGUUUCCGCUCCUCAUCUGGCCCGUUCCUUCCAUCACCUCUUCCCGCUUGAGGCCUUCCAGGAGACCCCACUAGAGGAGUAUGACGGCGAGAGAUUCUGUGAGGCUUGCCAAGAAGAGUUUCAAGACAAAAGUGUGUUUACAUGUCUAGCAUGUAAAAAAGUGUUUUGUGUGGAGUGUGAUCUCUUCAUACAUGACACACUGCACUGCUGUCCUGGCUGCAUGCAGACCGACAGGACGUCCUGAUGUAAGAUGGCCUGACUACAACACAUCUGUGAACUUUAGGUAGAACUACAAAGAUGCAGAAGAAAUAAGAGGAAGUCAUCAGCCUUAGAUUUAGGUUCUCACUGAUUAUGAGGGUUAAAGUAAUGAGAGCCAACACUUGUCAGUUCUUUGGCAUCAUCUUACUUUGGCUUUCUGUUUACUUGCAUCAGUUGUGCUCAAGCUGUAACUGUAUGAAAGGACGCCCCCUGUGGGGAAAAGUAUCUCACUGGACCAAAUAAAACCAGCAACAGAGAAAACCAUUUUGUGCUGUUUUCCAGUGUCCUGGUUCCACUGAAGCCACUGAGGUUGUAAUACAUUUAUUAUGUCCUAUAUUUUGUACCUUACAUGCCAUGUUAAUGUGCUUAUCUAUACUCAAUUUAAUUUGAAUUUUUCAAACAAAUUAAAUUUUUUCAUUUAAAACUA